AUGGAUCACUUCCCCGGAACCUGGGGCCGCCCCCGGAACGACGUCUACGGCGCCUACGACCACUCAUACCUUCAUACCACCGGCCCUAAGACACACACAUCUUCCCCUGCCGUGACAGGAACGUCUGUGAUUGGCGUUAAGUUCAAUGGCGGUGUCGUCUUGGCUACCGACAACCUAGCUUCCUACGGCUCCCUCGCACGAUUCACCGAUGUUAAGCGUCUACGUACCUUUGGCGAAAACGCGGUUGUUGGAUUCGGCGGAGAUGUCUCUGACAUGCAAUACAUUGAUCGCCUGCUCGAAUCCAUGGAUAUUCGAGAAAAUUACUCCUCCCACGGGAACAUGCUCAAUGCCAAAAAUCUACACACCUACCUCGCCAAGGUCUUCUACAAGAGACGUUCCGAAUUCAACCCACUAUGGAACCACGUCCUUGUUGCAGGGUUCGACGGGGAAGGGAAACCAUUCCUCAGCUCUGCAGAUCUGCUGGGCACCACGUUCUCAGGUCCCCACCUUGCCACUGGGUUCGGUGCUCACCUGGCUGUUCCAAUUCUACGACGAUUGUUUCCUGAGGAGAGGCCCAUCGAGGAUAUUAGUAAGGAGGAGGCGGUCUCUGCUUUGAAGGACUGCUUGAAGGUGCUCUUCUACCGAGACGCACGCAGUAUCGAUAAAUACUCCAUAGCCGUCAUCACCAAGGAUGGCAUUGAUUUGAAGGAGGAUGAGCAGAUCGAGAACCAGAGCUGGGCUUUUGCUGAACGGAUCAAGGGAUACGGUGCCCAGACGAAGUAA